AUUUCACUCAUGGAAUCUUCGUCAUCAGCCACCUUCCUGCCAUACGCUAUCGGAACCACCUUCUCUGGAAGUGCAAAGGUUUUUAACGCCGGCCGCGACAUCAAUUUUUAUGGCCAAUCUGCCGCAGGUCUUCCGGGCUUGCUUAGGCCUGUCAGCGGCGCCACCCAUACUUAGUGUUGUUGGCAACUGCUCGCCAGCUCGCCACGCCGGCUUUCGCCACCUGGCGAAUCAAAAAGUCAAAAAAGGGGUGGCGAGACCUGGCGAAGUCUCUCAUGAUUUUGGAUAAUAACAGACGUUUAUGGGUGCAUAAAAUAUCAUCUACGGUUCUCAAAUUCCAACUGCUGGCCAAAGUAAGGAAGGGCACCUA